AUGUUCAUGGCUGUACUUCGCAAGCAAGGGUUCUCGCCAUUUCUGGUGGAGUUCUUUGCCUCCUAUCUUGUUGGUCGUUCCACAGUAUACUGUUGGAACACCUUCCAAUCCGACUCACGGUCUGCGGACGUGGGUGUCAGGCAGGGCUCAGCUCUCUUGCCUGUUAUCUAUGGGCUUUUCAUUGCUCUGGUGAUGAAGCUCUUCUAUAUCAAAGCGGCGCCGCUCAACACAACACUGCUUUCCUUUGUGGAUGACGGGACCAUUCUGGCCCAAUCCAAACAACUUGAUGAUAAUAAUGUGGGCCUGCAUAAGGCCUACAAGAUUAUCUACCUGCUUUUUGCUGCCUUCGCACUCGUGCUUGAACACGACAAGACCGAGCUGUUCCACUUUUCACAUCGACGAGACGCUUACAAUCCCUUGCUGGAUUUGGGGUACGCCCCGCAUACCGGCGCUACACCUUUGAAGCCCAAGACCUACUGGAGGUACCUGGGCUUCUACUUUGACCGCAGGCUCACAUUUCAUGAGCACGUCCGCUACUAUGCCACUAAGGCGUUCACCACCGUGCAGGCCAUGCGCAUGCUCGGUAACUCCACUAGAGGUCUUUCGCCUAAACAGCGCCGACUCCUAUACCGGUCGUGUGUGGUUCCCAUUGCCACAUAUGGCUAUCGUCUAUGGUAUUUCGAUGGCGCCCGCAAUAAGGGCACGAUGAACCAGCUGAAACGGAUGCAGCGAAAAGCUGCUCUAUGGAUCACGGGUGCUUUCCGCACCUCACCUACAGGCGGUCUUGAGGCCCUUGCUGGUCUCAUCCCUGUUCAUCUCAUGCUGAAGAAGCUAGCGACACGCGCAGUGUAUCGCGUCGCUACCCUCUCAGACACUCACCCUCUUCGCUCCAUGAUGGGCGAGGGACUCCUUAAGCGAGCUGCACCACAUGCCCGCUCAGCCGCCUUGAUGACCCCAGCUAUGUGA